AUGAUGGAAGCAGAACGGAAAGAAACUGAUGAUAACGAUACUGAAACUGUUGGCAUGGCGGGGACCUCAGCUACGGCGGGUUCGUUUGGGCCUAAUCACGACCUCAUUAAUAUGAAUACAUCUGCCCAAAACAUAGAAAGGCUGGCGGUUUCUUGUCGAGAAUCUGGCAGCACACAGUCAUUAGCACUUAAUAUCGAUGUCGCUUCCACAUCGCCAUCAUCUCCUCAGGCAGAGAAGCCCUAUCUAGACCCUACCCCGAAGACGCCACAAGUACCUCAAUCACCUCUAGGAAUGCCCACCGAUUAUACAGAUAAGGAUCUUCCCCAAAUCCCCGCAGAUAUUGCCUGUGACGAAGACGUUGACAAGCCAGCGAAACUCGAGGCACAGAAUGACGAAGAUUCACAGUCAGAAAUACAAAGCAUCAUGGAUCAGUUUACGGACGAUACGAAACACCCGGGACCGGGGGAACUUACGUCUCCUCGACUUGAAUUGGCCGAGCAGUUCCUCCCUGGACAAGCGCAUUUUCCGCCACGCAAGUCAAGCUUGGAACCCAUCGUUUCGCCACGCAGUCCUAUUGAAACUCAUGUUUCCAAUCAAUGGCAAUCGCGCCCAUCAUCCAUUCGUAGCAUUGGCUCACAAAUAAUCUCACCACCUGCUGUGCCUCCUAAGUCCCCUUCGACUAACUCGCAAAAUCCUGCUGGGACGGAGUUGGCUGCCUCCUCAAAUUCUGCAUCACGUCCGCCGCCCCCUGAACCAGAACCAGACCAGCCCUUUGAUUUCCAUCGUUUCCUCGAACAACUUCAGCUUUUGAAGAUCAAGGGUUAUCGUGCUCCCAGAGACAAGGUCAUAUGUGUUUUGAACUGCUGCAAAGUGAUAUUUGGUUUACUCCGGAACGCGCCAAAUGGCGAUACAUCUGCAGAUUCGUUCGUCCCACUCCUAAUUUAUGUCGUCUUGAAGGCAAACCCAGAACAUCUAGUUUCAAAUAUACAAUAUAUUCUCCGUUUCCGGAACCAGGAAAAACUGGCUGGCGAGGCUGGUUACUAUUUAUCUUCAUUGUCUGGUGCUAUCCAGUUCAUCGAAACACUUGAUCGAACUAGUCUUACUAUUAGCGAUGAAGAGUUUGAACGAAACGUUGAGGCGGCUGUAUCCGCAAUAGCAGAGCGGAGCGAAGAGGCUGCAGGCCCACCCCUCCUGCAGCCAGAAAAAUCAACCCUAAGUGAACCCGAAGUAACACCACGGAAUUCUACAGAAGGGGAGUCAUACGCGAAACGAAAAGAUUCCUAUCAGUUUGGUAGCAGUGAAGACAAUGUAGCGGUGGCAGGACUAUUGCGUACAAUCCAAAAACCUCUUUCAACUAUUGGCCGAAUAUUCUCUGAGGAAUCCCCACAUCCAGUCACUCAACAACGAACGGCCCCACAAAACCUUUUGAACACGCAACAAACAGAUGAAGUGCGCCGUUCGACGGAGAGACAGCGUAGAAGAGAAGACAUCACCCCACAGCAAAUUAGCAAGCUCGAUGCCCAAGAAGCUGCAGCUCGCCAGGCGAGCGCGGAGGCAGCGGAGGCGCGCCGGAUACAGCGGGCAGAACAUGUCAAUGUAGUCGAGACUUUAUCAGGAAUGUUUCCAAAUCUAGAUAAGGAUCUCAUCGACGAUGUCGUGAGGAUGAAAGAAGGGAGAGUUGGCCUCGCUGUAGAUGCUUGUCUUGCCCUAAGCGCGGAAUAG